AUUUUCGAUUAGAAAACCAUGCGUUAAUGAAGCGGCGGGUGUGGUUUUGUCUCUCAAAACCAGUGGCUCUCUGCGUUCCACUCAGACUGCGCUGGCGCCGCCUUGCUCCGGUCUUCUUUCCAAUCUCCCCUAUAUAAAACCAAACCCAUUUCAUUUCUGCAACUCAAAACACCAAAUAAGCAAAACCCAUCUUUAUUGAAGAUGAGUACAACAAAGGGUGCUUGGGCUGUAGCAGCGGCAAUAGGAACGGUGGAAGCACUCAAGGAUCAAGGGAUUUGCCGGUGGAAUUACACUUUCCGGUUUCUGCAUCAGCGUGCCAAGAACAAUUCCAGAUCGUUUUCUCAGUCCAGGGCGCUGUCUUCUUCUCCGACUUCUUCAGGGUCUGUUCCUGAGAUAGAGAAAUCCGAGAAAACAAUGAGAAAAGUAAUGGAUUUGAGCUGUUGGGGUCCUAGUACUGUUAGAUUUUGACAUUAUUUUAGGUUGAAUUAUAGUAAUUCUUUUCUUUCCAUCUCCAAUUUUGUAAGAUAUUUCCUUUGCCCUUUUUCCCAAAAAAAAAAAAAAAUUGUAAGAUAUUCAGUCUGGAAACUUUAUGAAUAAGAAUAACAAUCUUAU